GUGAUGAACUGUGGCGCGCGCACCGAGCGGCUUCUGACUUCUGUCCACUUGCAAUUUCUGUCCGAGGCAGCAGCUGUUUCACCUUCGCACCAAAGAGUUCAACCAACAAAGAAGAAAGGCGCAAACAGUGCGCUUUUACUUCUCUUUGUCUCUUACCCAGCAGCAUCAUUUCCUUCCUUUGUCGUUGUGCGGAGUUUCGACACCCAUCCCCAAAACUCAGCCUCAGGUCGGCUAACCGCAGCGCAAAACAGAGCCGCCCUUGUAAAGGCAUCGUCUUGACAAAUGUGGCCGUUUUUACCUUGUUUAACAGUGCUGUGGUCGUGGACCCCUCUCUUUCACGCUCAAACGACGGGAGCUCAGCUUGCUGCCCCUCACAUCUCCUUGGAUCUAUCAGCCGGCUCACCAGUGCUUGAGGGCUCCACAGUGAUGUUGUGUGCAGCUCCACAAAACUCCACAGGCAACCGCUUCCUGCUAUACAAGGAGCGAAUAUUCAUCGAUCAUCAAGAAGACCACCGUGGGGGACUGAGAGACGUCAAGUUCAUCCUGGACAAUCUGUCUGCCGGCGAUGAAGGCAAUUACUGCUGCCAGUUCCAGACCUUCGUCGCUGGACAGUGGACCAGCAGCCCCCUCAGCUCCUAUGUAUAUUUAAAGAUCAGUGCAGUUCAGCCUGGCCUUGGGAAGCCCUCCAUCAUGGUGACCCCUCCUGAUGGUGCUGUCCACAUGGGAGAAAAAGUGAAAAUCCGCUGCACGGCUCCCAAGGCACAAGCCCAAAUGACUUUCCUGUUGAUGGAAGGUGAGAGGAAGAAGAAGCGCGUUGUUGCUUCAAAGUACCCAUCCGCCGGAGCAUCGGAGGUGACCUUCAUGGUGGACAGCACAGAGGCGACAUACAGCUGCAUGUAUCAAGCAGAAGUACCAGCCAUGGGGUUCACCAACUCCAGUAGCAGCACCAGAGUGAAGAUCACAGUGAAACCGCACACUCGCUCUCCACAAGUGACUGUCGUCCCUUCUCUAGCAGGUUACACAACACCCGCUGAAAUAGAAGCUUACAUCUCCCUGCCAGGUCCAAAGGGGGCGCUGAUCGCUGGAUCCUUCGCGGCAGCCACCUUACUUGCAGCCAUUCUGGCCCUUCUGGUGUUUUUGGUCUGUAUGGGAGUGAAGGCCACACAGAAGACAACGAAGCGGAGGAGAGAAACUCCCCUCUGGAGCAGCCUGCACACGGCCGAAGCCGUCAUCGGUCUGGGAUCGCCCCCCGGGAGACGCUGGUGAAGUGACACAGUGGGCGGACGGACCAGGAGCCGCAGCACAGCAGGCGAUGACCCGAGAUGGCCGCCCUGAUGUCCGGGGUCUCCGUUACGGAUGUCGCGGCUGGAGGGAUGUGGCGAGGGACUUGCUUUUAAUGUUUUGUUCAUUCGAGACCCCGGUUUUACGCCACUUCUGUGUGAACAGUUUGCCGGUUUUGUAUUUGGAAUAUCGCAUUUCGCACCACCCUCCCUAUUUUGCCAUCUCUGUCUCUGUUUUAUAUAGGCCCCCAUUACAUUAUGAGACUCUUCACAAUGACAGACAAUUAUUAUUUAAUAAAAAAUGCAACAUUUAUAGACCCCAGAAAACUGAACUGGUUUUAGGGGGACGGAGAAUGUGUGCGUGUGAAUGAAAUGGGAAAGAGACGAGCAAAUCCCGGCGGCUCCAUCCGUUCACUGAAGCUGCUCAUCCCAGUACGAGAGGGCGGAGCCUAUCUGGGUCAGGCUGGCACUGGAAAGCUCCAAUGAUAUGCCACCCAGGAUGAAGAUGGGUAUCUUAAGCCAUUUCCUAGAAUUGAAUUAGCUGCAGAAUAUGAAAUGGCUGAAACCAGAAGACCUAAUGAGACUCUUCGACUGGCCCAGCUGUGUGACGUGAUGAUUUAUAUCAGAAAGCGAAACUGACAACAAGGUGACCUGACACACCUUGGGACCAGGAAGGCCGGGGAAUGGAAAUUUAGCACUGUCAAGGGUGUGCCAUGCUGGUGUCUGAGGGGCUGACAAAGUGGGAGGCUUGGGAGAAAGAGAAUGAGAGGAGGUGGUGGUCAAGGGGAGGUGGAAGACAUUCAUUUUAUUUUUAUAUAGCGCCCUUCAGUGAGCUCAGGCUCAGAGUACUGGAACACGUUCACAGGUAGAUGCAGAAUGGAAAUGAAUUGAGCUCCCAUAGAGCUGCCCACCUCAGCUUUCCCUAAAGUCAGGAGGUAUCAUGUGUGUCCAGUGUGACCCCCAUUUCUGACCCGUCCUCUCUUUCUCAUUUCCUCCUUCAUCAUCAGGGUUUUGUAAUGCCUGCUGGGAGACGCUACAUACUACUAAUGACAUAAUGAACGCACAUAAUGACACUGACACUGAUGGAACCCCCCCAAUGUCUGUCCAUUCAUUUGAUGCUGAACUGCUGUCAAUUGGCAGAGGAAAACAAAGCAGCAGCAUCAAUGGAGAAAAUGAACGUCUGAGGGGGGGAUCCUCAGUCAGUCAGAGCAGUUAAAGUCAGACGCUUGUCUGCAGGGCUGCCCACCAGAACCACAACUCCCAUAAUGCCCUGCAGGAGUCCACACAGGAGCCAUACCAGAGGGAUGCUGCCACCCAGUGCAUUGGGGAAACACAUGGCACCAAGAGGAGGUCUCCCUCUGCUCUUCUGCUAUGAUGACCUCCCUAAUGAAAAAUGUAACACUGAUUAACCUGGCCGGGACCCCCAUCCAUGCAGAACCUCCCAUUACACUGCAGGCCUCCUGGCUGGGUUAUAUUUAUUUAUGAAUUGUUUGAUGUUACUUUGCUUGCCCUAUUUGGUGAAUUUUGCUAUUUGUGGUGAUUUAGUGGCUCCAGAAGUCAGACCCACUGACCUCAGCAACACUGCCUCCUGAUGGCUCCUUCUGACACUACAACCAGAUAACGGAGUAACACCACAUCCCAGUGACU